AUGCUUUGUGAAGAUGGAAAGCAGGAAAUGAGUAUAGAAGACCCAGAGUUACCGUAUGCCAACGAAGACGAUAUAGGAGAUAUUGAUAAGCUAGAAGUUGAUGAAAUUAUGGAAGGAAACAUUGAAGCAGAAGAUCUAUAUCGUAUUUUGAAUAUUGAGACCAAUGCAGGAAAAGACAGUGUAUACUCAUUGCUGUCAAUGGCGAAACGACCAAAUAAUUCAGAGAAGCAACAAAAAGCUGAAUCUAGUUCAAACACAAGCAAAAAGAAAAAUCCUGGACGGCCUCGUAGUGCUGCUCAAGCUUCUCACAUGCUCCGAAUUCCAGAAAGGACCGCUCAGCGAUAUGGUGCACGAUUUCGAGAUGAAGAAGCCUAUUUGCAAAGUCAAUUUAAAAAACCUGAACGCCUACAUCCUAUAUUAACGAAUGAACUCUCAUUGUUCUUACAAGAUCCAUACGACAAGAAGUCUUCAGCGACACUUGAGCCGGCUUAA